UGUGGUUAUACUGUGGUCUAGUCUAGCACAUAGUCACGUGAUACCGGUUCUGGUCCGAAACGUCAACGCGGCUAGUCGUUUAUUCGUUUUGCCGGCGCCAGACAGUCAUGGCUGAUGGGAGCUCCUAUUUACUCAUGUGAAAUGAGUCAUGUCAUUCUGCCGAGUGUGCUACGCUUGCGCGAAGUUAUAUGAAAAGCAGUGGUGUCUCGCCGUAGAAUCAGAUUCUGUUCGUUUCUACUAAAUAUUUCAGUUCUCGUAUCUGAGAACUGAACAGUAAUGACAAACAUGCAUAUUUCUAGCGAUAAAUAGAGUCUUUCCUAGAAAAAUUCGUUAAUAGCUAGGCAAACAAAAGUUCUUAUCCCCGUACAACAACGAGAAGCAGCUAAACAAGUAUAAAAUUGAGCAGCUGGUCACCUCUGCAAUGGCUGCAGAUAUUGAUAUAGCUUAUGGAAAAAAAGUGGGAACUAAUGAACCAUGCUUCAUUAUUGCCGAAAUCGGUCAGAACCAUCAAGGUGAUAUUGGAAUAGCUAAGAAACUAAUCAGUUGUGCAAAGAGAAGUGGAGCUGACUGUGUGAAAUUCCAAAAAUCUUGCUUAUCCGAAAAAUUUAAUGCUGAAGCUCUUAAUCGGCCUUAUGAAAAUGAGAACUCUUGGGGCAAAACAUAUGGUGAACAUAAAAGAUUUUUGGAAUUUAAUCAGGAGCAGUUUAGAGAGUUGCAGCGAUAUGCUGAAGAAGAAGUUGGAAUAAUGUUUUCGGCAUCAGCAAUGGAUAUGGUAUCAGUUGAUAUGCUUGACUCUCUGAAUGUCCCAUUUAUAAAAAUUGGUUCUGGCGAUGCAAACAAUUUUCCCUUGUUGAGAUAUGCAGCAUUUAAGAAACGGCCCAUGUUCAUAUCUACAGGUAUGACAAACAUGGAAAUAGUGGAAAAGAUAUAUCACUGUGUUCGACCUAUCUUUAGUAAAUUUUGUUUAUUGCACUGUGUUUCAUCGUAUCCUACAAAGCCCGAGGAAGUCAACUUGAGAGUUAUCACUACAUUCAAACAGGAAUUUCCUGAUAUACAUAUUGGAUAUUCUGGACAUGAAGUUGGGAUAGCAAUUUCAAUAGCUGCUGUUGCUAUGGGAUCCAAGGUACUAGAGCGGCACAUAACACUCAACAAGAGUUGGAAAGGAAGUGAUCACAAAUGUUCGUUAACACCAGAGGAAUUUACAGAAAUGGUAACAAAUAUAAGAAUUGUGGAACAAGCGCUAGGUAAUCCCCAAAAGAAGAUUCAGCCCAGUGAAUUACUGUGCUAUAACAAGCUAGGUAAAACAUUGGUAGCUGGACAAGAUUUGAAGCUGGGGUCUUUACUGACACAACAUGAUAUUAAAAUUAAAGUAGCAGAACCCAAAGGGAUAAAGGCUGAAGACAUGGAACAUGUUCUUGGGAAAAAAUUAAUCAGAGAUAUUAAGAGAGAUGAAAGCAUAUGUUUAACAGAUCUGACUGAAAUCCAAAGUCCAUCAGAUUUAACUGUUACACAACCAGAAAGUUAAAGAUAUCAGUGUUUAUAACUAGGAGCAAAAAAACCAUUGUAAUGAGUGCUCUUAUUCACAGUGGAGCACCUGCACGAUCGGAAUAAUCUAUUGUGAUAACUCAGAUCUCUUCAUUUUAUGAUGUUCUGCAGGUCUGGAACCUUAACCCUUCGAGUAGGCAUGCCGAUUUUCAUAACACUUGGCAUA